AUGCUUGAGAAGCGAGGCAGCCUGGAACCACUCAUGCACACUUCACAGAACAAAACGAAAAGACUAUUGCCAGUCGCUUGGCCAUCGCUCAAGCCAGAGACAAACAUGCUGUCAUUCGAUAUACGCAACCCGAUAACUCGAAGGGUGGUGGGCUCAUGCCCAAUAUCAAGCUGUCUUGCUUUUCAAGUAUGCGGUGAUGGUUCAACGGUUGUGGAAGUGUGCAUGGGUGGUUCUAAUGGCCAAACAAUUGACUAUGCUGUCGCUGACCCCAUUUAUGUGGGUGAGCUGUCGCUGACCCUAUCUAUGUCGAUGAGAUUGUACAGCGUCAACUCUGCAACUUCGGAUCUCUCUGCGUCGGCACCCGACACCAGACUCACAAUGUUUUCCCACGGUGGGAGUUCGUUUGAUGAUUGUCAUACCCAGACCAGCCCGACCCCAGCCGCUACCCUCGUCCACUCACGAGGUCCUAGCUACAAUGCUGGACCUUCAUUCAUUAACUGGGUGUCGGCGGGCGGCGAAGACGGACUCUGCAACCUCCACGUGGUGCCGCCUGGGAACCUGGCUAUGCCAGAGCCAGUGCAGAGACGCAAAGACUCGAACAACGCGACUCGAGCGAUGAGUGAAGCGAAACCCUAG